AUGUUGCAAAUCUAUGUUACUUGUGGUGUAUGGAAAUCUUGUGGGACUUUUGUUGCUGAUAAGGCCAAAGGAGCUAGAUUAGUAGUUCUGGAAUCUAGCACUACAUUUGAGGCGUUAAAGAUGAUGGUUUUAGAGGACUUUUCAAUCGAAACUGGGGAGAAGAUAGAGCUUAGUUUUCUACCGGGUGGUUUGAUCAAUGAUGCAAGGUCUCCACGAGUUGUGAUUGGCAAUGAUCGGCAGUUGAAAAACUUUGUUGGGUAUAUGAGGAAGGCUGCAUCGAAACAUUUGUGUGUCUCCUUUACAGAUCCUGUUCAGGUUGUAAACAAUGGAAUCAACACCGAUUUGAAGACAGAGCCGGAUUCAAGUAAUGGAGAGAAUGAUGAGAAAUCGGAAACCGUGAAGAGCAACAUGUAUGAUGGAGAUAAUGAUGAUGGAUUCGGGUUUGCAGAGGAAAGGAAGGAGAACAAUCAGCUUCGUUUUGCUUUGAUGGAAACUGUGAAGAAGAAACAAGAUUUCAGAAGCAAAAGACUUAUGAAGUCAUAUUUUGAAAUCCUUGCAAUGAAGCACAACUUCGAUUACAUAGUGGAGCGAUCAGAUACCACAUAUUGGACAAUCCGUUGUGCAGAAAGAUUGUGCAAGUGGGGUGUUAAUGCUGUCAAUCUGUUAAUGCCACAUAUUUUGUAG